AUGAUGGGAAUAGAUUUCUCAAUCACAGGUGAAACAUUAAAACAGAUAAACUCCCAAUCUAUGAAUAAUAUCAUUGCUUAGCUAAUUAAAUUUAAUAGUGAAUGCCAACCAUUUAUUUAAUUGGCAUCUCAAAACACAGAAACAUUAAUUAAAUGCUUUUCCAAAUUUUUUUAAUCAUAAGAAAUUCUUUAAGAUCCUCUAGAAUAAAAUGACUAAAUUACUACAAAUAAUACAAAUUCAGAAAUAUAAUUAUUUAAAUAUCAAGUUAUCAACUCUAUCAAAGAAAACGAUUAUUGUUUUUCAGUAUGUUUUAAUCAAGAUUCUAGUAUUAUGAUUACUGGAUAUAUGGAUGGUAUAAUAAAAAUAUUUCAAUUUAAUUAAGGAAAUAUUAAAAUUUUAUAAAGACUCAAUGAACAUAAGGGUAUAGUAGGAUGUUUAAAUUAUAUGAAUUAGUCAAAUUCAUUUUUAUCUGGUAGUUUAGAUAAUAGUAUUAUAAUUUGGAAGAUUUAUGAAAAUAAUAAAUGGUAUGCAUAAUAAAAAUUAACAGAACACAAUAAUUGGAUUCGUUGUAUAUUGAUUAAUUAAUAUGAUGAUUUAAUAAUAUCUGGAAGCAGAGACAAAAGCAUCAAGUUUUGGAGAAAAGAUAAUUUAUGGUAAUGUUCAUAAACAUUAUAUCACCAUAAUAGUGAUAUAAUGAGUAUAAGUUUAAAUGAAUCUUAGAAUUAUUUAAUUUCUUGUGCUUAAGAUGAUAAUGAAAUAUUAAUAAGUUAAUAAUAAGAAAAUAAGGAAUGGAUUAUUAUAUAAAAAAUUAAUUAAUAAGGUUAAAGAUUAUGUUUUAUUAGUGAUAGCUUGUUUAUUGUCUAACCAUAUCUGUCUUCUAAAAUGAAUAUCUAUGAGUUGAAUCAUUAAACUAAAUUAUUUAACCAAAUCAACGAACUUUAAAUUAAAAAUGGGAGUAGUUGUCAUUGUUUUUUUGAAUCAUAAUACAUUAAAUAAAAGUAAAUUUUAGUCUGUAAGAAUGGAUUUAAUAUCAAUUUAAUAAAGAUAAACUAAUAAGCUGAAUUUAAAUUAAUUUAAUUUAUUGAUCUUGGAACAGGAAAUUCUUUUGGCAGAUUAACAGCAGAUGGAUAGUUUAUGGUAACAUGGGAUGAUAAAACUGAAUAAAUUUAGAUAUNGCUAAUAUAAAUGUGA